GUACAUUUGAGGCAGCAUGGUGGCGCAGCAGUAGAGUUGCUGCCUUACAGUGCCAGAGACCCAGGUUCGAUCCUGACAAUGGUGUCUUCAAGGUUUGGAUCAUGACUUGCCUUACAAACUGAUCAAGAGGCUUCAACUCACCACAUGUCAGGCUUUUGGCUCAAUCUGACUUCCAGCUUUGUACACAAUAUAAAUGGCAUAUACCCACAAGCGUAAUAAACUCACAAUCGGAGGAGGCGUCCUUCUUAUGUCCGGAGCCAUUUGUUUUGCCUGGUGGAGUGAAAAAGAACCACAUCCUACAAUAAGUCCAGAAACGUCAAUCAAUGAACACGCGGAGAGCAACAUCCCACCAUCCACCUUGUGCCUGUUCCUGAGAUUAAUCAGUGUCCUAUUCUGCUUGAUUGGAGGAUUCUUGCUGUUUUCUGGCCUCCUGUUGUCUGGAAAAUUCAAUAGGCAAAUGUCCAGGCGAGACAGACAGAUUAAUAGACCAACCUCAUUUGACAACUCAAUGGAAUGGAGAGCCAUGUAUUUGCACAGAGCUUCUUUGUACAAUCAGGCACUCGACUCCAGAUCAGUGAUGGUGAUGCCAUCUAACAGUCGUCUGAUUCCUGUGGCUCCCAAAGACCUAGAUCUUCCUCCAUCGUACGAAAUGGUAUCGGAGAUUGGCAGGGUUCAGCUUUUACCCUGCACGCACACCCUAUCUGACAGUGCACUUCCACAGAGAGAGCCAACUCAGACUGUGCAGAAGGAGGAACGUUGGUCAGGCUCUCGAACAUCAGACACCAACAACACCCCUCCGCCCAGUUACAACAAUCUCGAUUUACACGUUUGAUGAUGCCUGGAUGGGCAAAAUUCUCAGUAACCUUAAAUAAAGCAUUUCAAGGAUUUCAUUGAGUAGUCUUUUCACUUGGACAUUCAGUAAAGAUUUUUUUUUCUCUACCUUAGCCAUUUAUAAUUCCAGUUUCAGAUCAUCAUUAAAAAAGGCACAAAAUGGUGGCAUAACUCAACAACUCUAGAAGACAGAGGUAGACGACGUUUCAGGUCGGGUCUUUCUUCAGACUCUCCAGUGUCAUAAUUGUCUUUUCUUUACAGUUAAAGCUGAAAUAUUACUUAGGGUAGACACAUUAGGGUGGUCA